ACAGUACUGGUGAUUCCUUUCUGUUCGCGACAUCUCCUCUCGCGCGGCUAGGGCACGCGACCUCCCACUGCCGGCCGUCUCUUCUUCCUCACCACCGGCCGGCAGCUCUUUCUUCUCUUCACUGCCGCACAGACCCCUCUCAAGAAUCAGGAAGUGCAGUGGUGGAUUUCGCCGGCGAUGACGACGCCCAACAACCUUCCCAACGGCGGCCACCACCAGCGCCCACACCCUCUGCCCGACCCUAGGAGGCAGCGACACUACCUUGGCACGCCCAUCGCCACCCCUUCCUCCUCCUCUUCCUCCGCCGCCUCCUUCAAGGGUUGCUGCUGCUACCUCGAUGGCGCUCGAUGUGAUGUUUUAGCAAUCGCUCAUUUUCUUUUAUGCCCCUCCUUUCCUCGGUCUGCGUUUUGAUUCCGAUCGGACACCGCUCCUCCACCGUGCUGCGGCUGUCCGACCGGCGCCCCAGUGCAGCCUCACGCCAGAAAGGGGAAUUCGAUCACUUGUCGUAUAGACGCCUCCGGCCUCACAUGAGAAAGGGGGAACGUUGUCCCCACCCGCGGCGUCACUUCUCCGACGCAGCAUAGACGAGAUUGACCCUGGCCGAUCACCGCCGCCCGCCGCAGCCUUUCACACUGCCUACAGACUCAGUCUCCGGCGCAUCCCAGGUCAGUGACAAUCUCUUUCCUCGAUCUCUCCUGGUUCGGCACAAGGAUCUAAGCAAGCGCCUGCGGCCUCCUCCCUGCUGAUCACCGACGCUUCUGCUCACUACGGUCGGCACACUGCCGCCUAGAUCUACUUCCGGGAUCUUCCCUGUUUUGUACAAGGAUAGCGCCUGCGGUCUCCUCCCCUCUCGGGUUGAGCAGAAGCCACAUCGAUCUACGGCCUCCUCUUGUCUUGGGCUGAUCAAAGGUCGAAGCAUCACUGUAGGCCUCCUCUCCAUUCGGGUUGAGCAGAAGCCCAGCAAGCAGCGUUUCUCCUGCGAACCGCUUCCAACCGUUGAUGAGCAGGUAGAGAUUAGGUGGUAUAAGGUUAUGUGAUGGCUAAGAGUAGGGACAGAAUCGAAGAUUUUAGGGAAGCUACCCGUGCGACAGCUCUCUCUUUUGGCUACGACGAGGCCAAAUUGGCUGCGCUCUUGGCAUCCUUCAUUUUGCGCAAACCCUUGGAGAAACCUCCAUUUGAAAAAGAUGCAAUUAAGACGCUUGAAAGUAUUUCAGAAUUGGAACACUUCAUCACUAAGCAUCGGAAAGAUUAUGUGGAUCUGCAUCGAAUCACUGAACAGGAGAGGGACAACAUUGAACAUGAAGUACUUGAUCCAACCAUGAGGCCGAGUAUAAAAGAGCUUUAAAAGGCUUCAAAUCGAGUGUUUCUAAACAUGUAACCAUUAUCGGUUGGCUAUCAAAAUGGUUGUUCUUGCUGUUUAAUGCCUAUAUUUCUCCUCAAACUUUGCAGUGUACUACUAUUAACAUUUUGUAAAAGCAAGUAGUGUUGUAUUUAUACACUUCGUUUAGGAAUACUUUUAUAAUGUCAGAAUUCUAUUAUUUUGGUAUGAGUUUGAAAUCA